AUGGAGGUAAUUUAUCAUCAAUGGUGGGAAGAAGAAGUAAACGAGAAAUAUCAAGUUUUAAAGCGAUACUCUUACUCUUUGCUAUACUUCUCUGCAUUUAUACUUUUAUGUGUUAUAGUUUUUGUUCAAGGCGGCAUUGAUAUGGCUAUAUUACACAUACCUUAUUUGCUGAUUCACUCCAUCAGCUGCAGUCUUGUAUGUUUUUUUGGCAAAAAAGGUUAUCUAGCAAAAUCACUAUUUUCAAUAACUUUUUCUGAGCUAAAUUGCCUCAUAUUAUGAAGCCAAGGGCAAAAUGAGUGGAAACCAGAGCAAAUUUUAUUUGAGAUGCUUUCACUGAUAUUUAUAAUCAGUUUUGAACUUCCAUUUGUCCAAACUCGCUUGAUGAAAGGAGUCAUUAUAUCAAAACAUUUAUACUUAUGGCAUUAUAGAAAAUACUUAACCAAUGAGAUUUUAUUUUUUGAAAGAGACCACAUGCCUCAUAUGGUAUCAUUUCUGAUUAUUUUCCUGUAUAAUACAAAUUCUUAUUUUUUGAAAAAUAAAUCAUAUGAGAGGUUUAUUUCAAGGAAAAAUCUUGAAAACACUGAAAGUAGACUGAGAGUUAUUUUUAAUUUGAUUACUGAUGGGAUUUUGGUGCUUUCUGAGAAUAAGGAAAUAUUAUUUUCAAAUCAUAACUUAAAAAAACUGCUAGAUUGUGAGAUUGAUGAGAUUGUUGAAUUAAUAUCGGAAAUUGAAUUUUCAGAAGGAAAAAAGUAUUCACUGCUGUCAGAGUCAAAUAGACUUAUAGAUCACAUCAAUUUGAUCCCAAAUUUAGUACUGGAUACUGAGAUUAUGCUUGGACUAAGUAAGUCAGAACAAUUCAAUCUAGAAUGGAGAGGACAAAAAGUUGUUUGGGAAACACAUCAAAGCAUUCUAAUUAUAGUAAAAAAUGCAAAUACAAUUAUUCAAUUCGAAAAGGCCAGCUCAGAGAAUAUGCUGAAAAAUAUUUUAUUAAGAUCAGUGUCCCAUGAACUGAGAACCCCUAUCAACUCAAUAUCAUUUAUCAUCGAAGAGCUAAUGGGUGACUAUGAUAUAUCUAAAAAAGUUGAAAACCUUGAAAAACUGAAAAUUGUUUCAGUCUCAGCCAAACUUUUGAUAUCUCUCGUAAAUGAUUUACUGGACUACUCCAAAAUGAUAGCCGGUGUUUUUGCUAUCCAAAAGUCUAAAUCCAAACUUUAUGACAUAAUAAAUAGCUGCUUACAGCUUGUCAAAAUUCAAGCCGAGAAAAAAGGAAUUCAAGUUCUUGUAAGAAUCGAUCCAAGACUCCCAGAAUAUGUAUUUACUGAUGCUUUAAGGCUAAGCCAAAUAUUGCUAAAUCUCUUAAGCAAUGCCUUAAAGUUUACUAUUAAGGGCAGAAUUGAGCUUGUGUGCUUAUUCGAUGCAAAUUCAAAGCUUAAAAUAAUGGUAAACGACACAGGAGUUGGAAUCAGCGAGUCAAAGAAGCAAUGGAUUUUCGAAGAAUUUAACUCAGACAUAAGUUUAAAUAUAAACCCAGAAGGCUGUGGUCUUGGCCUUGUAAUUGCAAAUAAAAUUGUCCAAGAACUUGGAGGAAACCCUAUUGAAGUCAUCUCUCAGACAGGAAAAGGCUCAUCUUUCAUUUUCUCAAUAGACAUCUUUGAAAAUCCUCCCAAUCUUCAGAUAUAGAGGCUGCCUUUGAGUAGCGCUCUAAGCGCCCGAGACUUCCCGACGAAGUCUGGGCGGUGGUUUGACCAGCUGAUGUUGGUCAAACCAGCAUCCAAUUUGACAAACCUUCUGUAUGAGAAGAAUUUGUCAUUUUGGAUGUUGGUUUAACCAACAUCAGCUGGUCAAACCACCGCCCAGACUUCGUCGGGAAGUCUCGGGCACUUAGAGCGCUACUCAAGGCAGCCUCUAUACUUUCUGAUGAUUAUUUUUCAGACUCUCAGGUUUGACUUGACGAGUGCUUAACUGCCUCAAUUGCUGAUUUUGAGUCUGCUAUAGCAGAAAAUAAAAAUGCACAAGUUUUGAUUGCAGAUGAUAAUGACUUUAAUAGGAUGAUUUUAGGGACUCUUCUUAAACGCAAAAAUGUUAAUUAUCAUGAAGCAUGUACAGGAGGAGAAUUAAUCAAGAAAGUACAAGAAAGUGAUUCUAUGGGCAGAGCUUAUAAGGUUGUAGUUGUUGAUGGAAGUAUGCCUGAGCUAAAUGGUUGGGAAGCUACUCGGAAAGUCAUAGAGCUAUACUUUAAUGGAGAAAUUAAAUUUUUACCUGCAAUGAUUGGGUAUACAGCAUUUAGUUCUGAUAGUGAUAUUAGGCUAUGCUUGGAAUCUGGGAUGGAAGAAGUACUGACUAAGCCAUGCUCUCCUGAAAUACUCACACAAACAAUUCUGAAAUACCUUUAUAAAUAUACAAGUUGCCCGAUGAUGGCGCUCAAUGUGCCAUCAUCGGGCAAACUACAGUUCAGGGUCCACACGGGAAAUGGGUUCCCCUUUUUUGGCGCGUGAAAGUGAGGAUUCUCCACGUGUCAAAAAGGGCUCCACACGUGAAACCCAUUUCCAGUGUGGACCAUUUACUGUAGGUGCCCGAUGAUGGCACAUUGAGCGCCAUCAUCGGGAAUUUCCUAUAG